ACCGACCACAGUUUGAACGUGAGCGCCGAUCGGCGAACGUCUCCUGUGUGCGGAAGUUGAACGCUCUCAUUUUUUUUAUCUCUCUCUAUCUUUCUCUCUCUCUCUCUCCCUUGAAAUCAGAAACGUGUUUACCGUUUUGUUUUUUUUUCUUUUUUCGGCAAAAAAGGAAAAAAACAAAACUAGUUAAAAAAAGUUUAAUUUUGAAAUAAACAAAGUUUCGUAUGAUAAAUUGCAAAAACGAAGAUUUUUUUUAAAAAAGUGUGCGGGUUCGUUCAUCUCAAAGUUGACGUGAUACAACCGGUGACUUCUCUUCGUGUUUUGUCCGGAUUCCAACAGUCGAGAAGUUGUUAAUAGCUCUUUCUCUCUCCCUUUGACUCUUUUAUAUAUAUUUUGAAGUCGGGAGAGAUCGAAACCUCGUCCUUGCGAUCUUUGGAACAAAAGAGGAGAAAAAAAGGGACUUCUCUUUCUUCGGAGCCACAGUUUUUUUUUAAGAUUCAGGACCGGAAAUUGGAUCGACCUUCAAUCACAUAAAUGAGGAUGAUGCCUCGAGAAGACCGAAUUUCGAUAAUGCGAGGUUAGGAGUGUGACUUUUUCUCUUUCGGAGUGAUUUCCUUGCUAACGGCGCUCCAAAGAGAAUCGAAAAAGAGUUAAAUAGGAGAGGGGAGAGAAGAAAAGGAAGCCGAUUGUUUCAAGUCGGAAGAUGCGUCAGGCGAUAAUUACAACUCUCGUCCUCCUGCUUCUUGUCGGCCGGAAAGGCGUCUCGGCGAACUGGUGGUUUUUGGGUAUUGAACCAAGAACAAGUACAUCACACGAAAAUGGAGGAGAAGGACAGAUUGGAGCCGGAGUAAUUGGUCCAGCCAGUGCGGAAAAAAAUUGCAGAAACUUACAUCUUACUCCAAAACAGCAGGCGAUAUGUUUACGAUCGCCACCUUCCCUGCAGGCAAUCAGUGCAGGUGCAAGAUUAGCGAUAGAAGAAUGCCAACAUCAAUUCAGAUCGGCAAGGUGGAACUGUACCAUUAAUCCUGAAAAUCCCGACAACAUUUUUGGCGGUGUCAUGCUAAUCAAUAGUCGAGAGGCUGCAUUUAUUUAUGCGAUAUCAGCAGCGGGAAUCGCUUAUAGUGUGACGAGAGCUUGUUCACGAGGAGCUCUUACAGAUUGUUCUUGUGAUAACCGGGUGAGAGCGAGACAUCCCAAUCAUUGGCAGUGGGGUGGCUGUAGCGAAGAUAUUCACUUUGGAGAAAAAUUCUCUCGCGAAUGGUCAGAUGGAGGGGAAGAACCAGUAAAAGACGGUGUAGUUCAAGGCCCAGCUGGAUUAGCAGGAUUACUCAUGAGAAAACAUAAUAGUGAAGCUGGAAGGCGAGCGAUUCGCUCAAGGAUGCAACGUGUCUGCAAGUGUCAUGGUAUGUCCGGUUCAUGUAGUGUUCGUGUUUGCUGGCGGAAAUUACCCACAUUUAGGGUGGCAGGAGUGGCAUUGGCAGCACUGCACGAGGGCGCAGCUUUAGUGCGUCUUGCUCAAAGGGGUGGCAAAAAACCAGCAAGAUUAAGGCCGGCAAGACCUGACCUGAAACGGCCAAACAAAACCGACUUGGUUUACUUAGAAGAUAGUCCUGAUUAUUGCGAACGAAAUACCACUUUGGGAAUUCCUGGCACGAGGGGAAGGAUAUGCAAUCGAACAUCAUUAGGAUUAGAUGGAUGUCGUCUGCUCUGCUGUGGCCGAGGAUAUCAAACACGAGUGCGAGAUGUAACGGAAAAAUGUAAUUGCAAAUUUGUCUGGUGCUGUGACGUAAAGUGCGAGCUCUGUCGAGAAAAUCGUGAGGAGCAUGUUUGCAAUUAAAAAACAAAACAAUGUUUUCACCAGAAGGCAAAAUGGUACUUAGAAGAAAAAAACCUCAAAAGGUUUUAUAUUCAAAAGUAUAAAGCGAAAAAGUAAGAAACAUUUUUGACCCUCACUUCUUUGUUUUUUAUUAUUAAUAAUAAUAAAGUGAUAGACUUCAUUUAUCAUGAGAAAAUAGUCAAAAAAAAAAGUAAUAAAUCUACAUAACAUACGAGGCAGGGGGAAUAUUCCAAUUAUUAUUUUUUUUUUUGAAGACGAAUUCAAACUUGAAAUUUAUUUUUUUAUUGUUGAUUAAUUUUAAUAAAUUCUUGAAAAGAGUGAAUUUUUUUUUAUUCUAAUAUUUGUGCGUAAAAUUGACUCCCUGCCAGAGAAGAAGUUAUUGAGAUUUUUCGUAAAAAAAAGAAAAAAAAAAAAAAGCCGCCCGAAAAUGUUUGACGCACGACGUACGCAAAUUCGCGCUUCCAGUGCGUAAGCGCCAAGAGAGGCUACUUUUAAAAGAUAUUUAUAAUUUAUGAUUUCCCAAGAGCGUGAAUGCCAUAGCGAGUAAAAUGUAAACGAGUUUGUAAUGUUAAAAAAUUGUAAACCGUUUUUCGUUAAGCUCUCGGCCCUUGGCUUUAAAAAAAAAAAUUUUUUUUGGCGCUCAAGGAUCAUCAGAAAUUGAUUCCAUUUAGGAAAGAAAAAAAAAGCGCCCAUGCUCUCUAAUGAGUAUAUAGUGAUUUCAAAUGACAACCCAACGACGCCUUCGGGCCGACCGAGAAGAUUUUUCUCGUAUGCCAAUGAAUGUACAUACACGAUUUUUUAUUUUCUAACGUACUUAAUACUUAUCCUUACCGCUGUAUAUGUAUAUAUAUAUAAAAAUAUGCGAGACACAUUAUUUCUCGUCCAAUUCAAUUUUUUGAUUUUUUUUUUUAAUUCAAAUUUAAAUUAAAGGUCGUUAAUUUGCGACGAACUGACCAUUCUGAUUUUAAUUUAGAAAAAUCGAAAAUUUCUAUAAAAAAAGAAAGGACUAUUUAAAAAAUAGUUUUUUUAAUUUUAAAAACAGAAUUAAAAUAAAAUUGAAAUUACAUAAAUAAAACUCAAGAGAAUUUAAAAAAAAAAUUGUUUCAUCGAGAAAUAAGUCAAGAAUGUCGCAAAUAAAAUACCUUGGAGAAUUUUUGAUUCCAUAAUAAGAAAUGGACGAAAAAAUAAUCAAUUGCAUAUACAUAUUAAACGUACAUAGUACUGAUAAUACGAAAUCCAAGGCACUUUCAUUCGAAAAUUAUUGAGCCGAGGAUUCCGUCCACUAGUUUUGCCCAUUCUCUGUGUUUUAAAAAAUACUUUGUAAAAAAAAAAAUUAUUUCGAUUCCAAUUCCAAAAAUCAAAUUUUUCCUUUCUUUCGAAAAUUUAAUUUUCGAAUAUUUUUUUAUUGAGGUGAUAAUUUUAUUAUUUUUUUUAAAAAUGCACAAUCCCAUAAUUUCAAUAUCCGUCGGGCAAAAAAAAAUCGAUAGGUUAUAACCAUAUCGAAAGUUUAGAGAGUAAUAAAAAUGAAAAAAAAAAAAAUGAAAAGCAAGGUUAUUCUCUUGCUGUACAACAACGAUAUACAAAGCGCAGUAUUGAAAGAUUGUAAUUUAUUUUGUUUGAGAUAAUUUAUAUAAAUAUAUAUAUAUAUAUAAAUAUAUAAAUAUAUGUGUAUAUUCAUACAGGGUAAUUAUCCAGUGAUUUACAUUGAUUUGUGGUAAAAAAAAAAAAUUGAAAAAUCAUCUAAUUUUUUUUUUUUUUGUUUCAUAUAUUUAAUUAUUGCACAUGAUUUUUGUAAAUCAUAAACUUCUUGGAUAAUUACCUUGUAUAUUUAUAUCGUAAUCGCAACUUUUCUAACGUUACUUUUUCUCAAGUAACUGUUUGAAAUAUCGCAUCACUCGAUUAGCCUUAGGAUACGGUAGUUUAUAAUAUUUAUAUAUGCAUGACUUGUAUCUUAUACGUGUAUUUAUAAAUACAAGAUAUAAAAAAAUUUGAUCACAA